UGGCAGGCUGGGCUGGUGGGACUCCUCUGGACGUUGUCCCGCGCCUCCCAGCACUCAUGGGCAGGGCAGGGACUGACCUGGCGCUUGUCUCAGAGGAACUUCUGCAUUCCCAGCUGGUGCCGGGGAGCUGGUUCCUGUGGAUGGCUCAGCCCAGGGAAGGAGCAGCAAAUGGUAUGUUCAGUGCUGAGAUCUUUCUCAUACCUCCCUUUGGAAGUAGUUUCUGGGAUUAGCCACUGUAGAAAGACUGCAGCCCUCUCACAGAUCAUCUCUAAAGUGCUUCACUACAUGCUUUUGCACAGCUCCUAAGGGGAAACUUUGUUACAUGCGCGGAUAAGGCUUGGAAAGACAUGGCUAUCCAGUAAGCAGAGCUCUAGCACAGCUGGAAGAUGGAUAACAGUUUCGCAUCUGGAGAAUCAGAUCCUCUAGCUGAUGUGGCCUUGGCUUGGAAGAGUCUUCAGAAAGCCAAAGCAGUGCUACAAAGGAUUGAAAACAAAUUUUAUCAUCAAACGUGGAGUUGUGCCAAAUCACAGGCAGCCGGAAGAAAGCUUUGGCAUGAAAAAAGCUUUGAUGGCAAGAAGAACAAAGAUGAAACAGCCUCAAAUGAGAAAAAGAGCAAUGAGAUUCCUCCAGCCUGCAGAAAGGGAAACUGUGCUGCUCUCUCCUCUGCUUGGUCACAGACCUGUUUCCUCGAAAGCCCUGCUGUGAGCUUUGACCCAUCCAGAAUGAUCCCUCUGUUCCCCAGCGAGGACGCACGCUCAUCACCUUCCAGCCCUGCCAGGAGGGAGGCUGCGGAUGGCAAAGGCACACUUGGGACACAAUCACCUGCAAAGAGCCUGUACCGACCAAGAGGGGACAAUUUCAGGGAGCAGGCAGAUUCAAGAGGUCACACAGUACAAAAGGAAAAAUCUCCCUGCUCUCUGCAUCACCCACCUCACUCCCCUGCAGGGAGCAGUCCAUUCUCAGCUGUCCCACCUGGCAGCAGGAGCAACGCUCCUGUGCCCACGGCUGUCCUGCUUCCUACACACCACCUUUCAUCAGCCAGCAAGCCCAGUGAUCAGGAACUGGAAGAGUUGGGGAAAAAAACACCUCAAAAUAAAUUAGAGCAACUCAAGAAGAGAAUCCAGGAACAGAAGCAAAAGCAGCAAGUAGCAUCUCAGGAGCAGAAGUGCCUGAUUUCUGCCUACGCUGAAGAACCACUGCAAAAAAGACCCCUGAAGAGAAAGGUGUGCAAAGUGGCGUCUGCUCCUCCUCCUCCAGUUUACAGAGGUUUUAGUGCUGUGAACCUGAGGUCUGCUCUCUCCUUGCCUGAUGAAGUUCACAGAAUACCAGGCAGAGAAGACUUUACCAUCCCUGGACAAGGGAGGGGUUAUAACCCCCCCCCCAAGAUCCCAGACCAAAGAAAGAGAAGCUCAGCACAGAGAAUUCAAACACAAAGCCAGAGACAGCCUUCACCCAAGUCCUUUGUUCUGGAGAGAGCAGCAGCAGGUAAAGGUGUGAAGGUACCUGGCGCUUCUGCAUGGAGAGAAGGUCAGAAGUUAGCUAGAAAGUUGCUUGGUCCACUCCCUACAUUUCCAAAUCUGAGGCGCACAGCUGAAGAGCAGACCACAGCAAAUGGCUUUGAACCUGGUAAAGGAUUUGAAUUCAAAAGCUGUGUGGUUACCCCCAGCAACACUAUUGAAAGGGGCAGCAAUGCACCAACCAAGGAUACAAAACAAAUACUCAGGAAUUUACACUUGCAAAGCCAGUAUCAUGAUGAACCCAGACAUACGAGGCUCCCAAAAGAUACUGCAAAAGGAAAGGUAGAAGUUCUGCAGCGAUACCUCAGGAUCCAUUCUCCUUCACCUGGACCUCGAGGCAUAACUCCCUCUGCCUUCAGUGGGGAAAAGAUACAGUCUUCAUUAAUGAAAGAUGGGGCCAAGCCCAGCACCUCAGGAAACUGCAGCAGAGAAAAAAGCACAUCUUCUCAGAGACAGAAAGGCUCAAGCAGCUCUGCACAGAAAGGGUCUGAAAAAGAAAACCUUAAGCACCCUUCAAAGAGGAGGGUAAACAUUAAAAAACAUCACUCCUACAGCCCUGAAAUUGUUCAGGAAUUUAUGUAUCGAAAGAAUCAAGAAAGAAAGAAAAAAAGCCUAGAAGAGAAAAAGUCUUCGGUGCAGGCCACAGAGAUGAGAAAUAAGAGAUUGCAAGAAGUAUACAGGAAACAGAAAGAAGCUGUUGGAAGGAAAACAUGUUCUGACCAGAUGCGCAAGUUCAUGGGGGAAACAGCUUCUGCAAAAGAAAGUCCUCAGUGUAAACUUAAGCAAGAACAAACCAGUGGUGGAAUCAUGGAGAGGAGUUUCAUGGCCCGGGUGGAUAAAACAUCCUGUACUCUAUUAAGUAAAGAUCACAGAGGCAGGUCAGCCUCACUGCACCAUGGUCCAGAGAGGUUACAGAAUCUGGGAGCAUCUGGGAGUGCUUUCGAACAUGGAAGGACACCGAUGCUCUGGCUCUCCAGGAAUCAACUUCUAGAAACAGUUCAAUCACCUAAAAAAAGAGAGGCAUUAGCUUCUCCAGCACCACUGGAAUCCGAAUGCUGGUUUCUCAGUCCUCUGAAAUGUCAAGACUUGAGGGACUGCUCUCCCCCAGCUCUGCAUACACCUCCUCUGAGCUUUUCCCUUCCUCAGAAAGAUGCAAAACCUUACUCCAAGGACUUGACUUCUGGUCUUUCUCCAUACAGAAGUAAACAUGAGCGAGUGAAAGCCAUACGUAUUCUAUCCAAGGAACUUGCAGAAAAGAUUGAGAUGGCAACUAAGAGACUGAAUGCAGCAAGCUGGGUUAAAGAGUCUGCUGACAAAACAUUGACAGAGACAACUUUGGACAUUUACAAUGAGUCUUCUUCUGUCCCAGAGCCUGAGACAUCCAAGGAUGAGCAAGACAGGACAAUGACUAUACAAAUGCUUCUGGACACCCCAGAUCCUGAUGUAUUAUGUGUGUCAUCAGAUAAAGAAUCUCGGGGACUGGGCAGGAUUAGCCUUGUGGGUAGCACUGAGGGAGCAACAGCCUUGGACACACAGAAGGAAAUACCUGCUCCUUUGCCUGGCGGGACUGCUGCAAGCAAAGAAUUACCAUGGAUCUUUCGUAGCACAGGACAGAGGCAUCUCAACACUGGGGAAGACCUGAGCAACACAUUGCAAGGUUUUCCUGUGAAUAAGGGCUCUGAGGUGGACACAAGCCUAUUGCAUGAAAAGCCAAUAACCGGCCCAGCCUCUCCAUCUCACAGAUUCCUCACUAGAAGUCCGCAGAGAGAACUCGCAGCUCAGAGGAAUCACUACCCAUGUAAGACUAUUUUGAAAGUUCAGAAUCAAGAAGAGAUUGCCAACCAGUCUCCCACAGAGAGCCUGAGGACACCGGACAGCCUCAGAUUACAGCCCUCUGCUGCUCUGAGCCCUGGAGCUGAGACUCACGACGCCUUUGAGCGGGACUUCGCUUCUGCAGGUGAGGGAGACCCUAGCUGCACAGAACUGGAAGACAAACACAGGAGCCAUCUGGACAAUUUGAGGCAAACCUCCCUACUACUGGCUCACAGACUGAAGGUCCAUCAGCUCCAGCAGAAACAGCAGCUUACAGUGCUGAGGGAGAAAGCAAAGCUAGAAGUUGAAGAAAGCCAGAGGUUUUUGACUGACCUGCUUCAGCACAAUUUAGAGGAGUGCAGUAGCUCCAAAGGCAGUUAUCCUUCAGUGCCAAGAGUGGACCACACAGAGCAAAUGUGGAGAGGAUACCAAUCAGAAGGUGACAAUGCAGCUGGCAGUAAUCAAGAGAUGCAUUCACUGAAACAAUCUGCAUUGAAGAUGGAAAGAGAUCACAGUCCAGUGGUUCCCAAAAUAGUGGGAGAAAGAAAACCUCUGGGAGGAAGGGGUUCAUAUUGCGCAGUGCUUCAGGAAGGAUCCCUGCCAGCAGAGCAUGGGGAGCUGCUGCAUGACCAUGAAACCUCAAAUCUGUUGUCACCUCCGGUGAAUCUGCCCCGUGGGGAGAUCUGUGCAGGGGACGACUCUGGAGACAGCAGUGAACAGGCCAGCUCCGACAGCCAAUGGAGCGAAGUCGGCCGGCACUAUGGAGGUUCCAGCACUUUCUGCCGUUUCAGCUUGGCCAUGGCGGAGCAGUGUCUGAGGGGAGAAGAGCUGCGAGCUCGACACCAGGCCGCCCUCCUCAAGCUCCGCAAAAAAGCUCUCCAGGAGAAAGCCAGGGCUGAAUUGGCCUGGCUGGGCCACCAGAAACGCUGCCUGGAAAACCUGCGAGAUUGUAAGGGAGCCUCUGCCAUGGCCACAAAGCAGUGCAAAAUCCUAACGGAGCUGAAACAGGAGCAGGCAGAAAUCCAACACCUGCAAAAUAUCUACAGGGCAGCCCAUCAAGAAAGAAAGCUUUUAUUAAAGCAGCAAAGAGAAAUCUUAAUGAUGCGGCAUUCUACAGCACAAAUCCAGGAAAAGCUGCAUAAUUUGGCUGGGAAGCAAGAGGUUAUUAAGUCACAGUCAGUAGAUGUCUCGCUUACAAGGAGCCCAGCAACUGAAGAAGCAAUAAAGAUGAAGACAGUGAGACUUAUUUCUAGCCCAAAGUUAUAUUCCUCUUCAGCAGAGUCUACAGCCCACCCAAAAAGGCCUGAUCUGUCAGGGAAUAAAGAGAGUUCUGUCCAGCUAAAGAAUAAACAAAGCAAGAAAUAUGAGGGCUUUUCUACUGAGAACAAGAAAACACCGGUACAGUACCAGAAACAGGCAGAGGAGUCCCCAAGUUUGGAGCAGUCCCUUGCUGUGCAAGGUCCUGAUGUGUCUGAGAUGGUGGCCGAGAAAAUGUGUGGUGCUACUAGUCAAACCACAGGCUGGGUCUUUAUGAUUAAAGAUUGCAGAAACACAGAGCUUAAUGCUCAGGAUCAUGUUUUAUUACCUCUGGAACAUGCAAAUUCAGCUAGAAUGGAUGAACCUAUACCCACACCCAUUACAAGAGAAGGCAGAAAGUGUGCAUUUCUGGAAUCUGUUCUGGAGGAAAAGGCACUUAUUUCAAACCCAAAGAUAGAUCCUAAAGACAAUGAAGAUAUUAAUCCAUGCGACAGCAAGUUCACAGUGAAAGGCUUGGAGAUGCUUUCUACUUUGUGUAACUUAUGCCUGGUUCAGGCAGAAAAUACUCUUCAAGGAACUGGUGAUGCUACAUCAUCCUUAGAAGAUCUAGAGAAAGAGUCUCUGAUAGUGGAGAAAGCACACAAGGAGCAGAGAAGUCAUAAAACUCUAAGAGAAGAGCAGGAUCCCUGCAAUCUGUUUCAGGCCUGUGGCAAGCUUAUAAUUUUUCUGAACUGGGUUUUUCUCACAUAAAUUUUCAACAGAAGAAAUCCU